AUGCUAUGGGUCAUCUGGGGGAAGGACAAACACCCGCCAACUUUUUCCCCUGCCGAGCGAACCCGCCACGAAGAAGACGAUUCUCAGAAAGUCUCGAAGUUCCCAACCUCUCCCAGACUUGCUGAUGCCCCGCCUCAACCCAAACCUGCUGAAACUCCGCUUUCUCCCCAUUCUGCUAUCGCUCCGCCUCCGAUCUCACCACCCAACCCACUUAAUACCCACGAAGGGAAUGAGACAGAUUCCCGACUCAUCAGCAUCAGCUCGGACGAGGGUGACCCUCGGCCACAAGUCCGUCGCCGUUCCCCACAAAAGAAGUCCGUCAAUGAUCCAACAGGCAACGCCGCCGUGCUUGAAACUUACAAGAGCAAUGACGCGCUCCCGCCAUGGGAGGGGAGGCGUCUGACAGUAGGAGAUACUAUACCAGUGGAGCUCUCAAUCAAGCAAGAUCACGCCCUUCGAUCAGCUGACUCUUACGACAUUGAGAUCGGUGAGAUUAUGAGUCAAAGAAAGGUGCAGGAUGAUAUGGAGGCCGGCGAUGGAGACCUGGCAUUAGAAAAGGCAAAGCUCGGUGAGGAAGGGAGGUCUCAGUGGUCCGAGAUGACUUGGCAAAUCAUGGAGCAAGUCUUGCAGCUCAACCGUGAUGACACAAGCACCGACAAUACCCGAACAUUCAGAGGCUUAGGCCACGUCUUAGGUCCGCAAGGGACGCCGAUCCCUAUCAUUCCAAAGGCCCAUCAACUCUACGAUUUAAUGUGGCGACGCCUUCAAGUGGAUACCUACGGAGGAGCUAUCAAUGCGGAUGAGCCCGGCUUUGGCAAGGAGGGUGAAACCCAAGUUGACCAGCUGCCUGAAUGCUCGAUAACAUUGAAAUGGCUUAACGGAGUCGGAUGGAUUAAGCAAGCUGUUAUUCCGAUCGCUCGCCCGAAUGUACAAGUUAUCGGUCAUAUGUGA